GCUGAGGUGGAUGUCUGUGCUGUUUAUGGUUGUUAUGGGGUUAGCUGAGGUGGAUGUCUGUGCUGUUUAUGGUUGUUAUGGGGUUAGCUGAGGUGGAUGUCUGUGCUGUUUAUGGUUGUUAUGGGGUUAGCUGAGGUGGAUGUCUGUGCUGAGCUUCAGAGAUAGUGGGAGGGGAGAGGAGGCGCUUACACUGAACCUUUUAAGGGUGCAUCUUAAUAGUCCAGAGUGGCUCAUUGUCUUUGUCUCUUCCUCUUCAUCCACAAACGCUAUUCUAUAUGAUGUUGUCGAGAGGAAUGACAGACCUUUAAUUUCUGUUGACUUUUGAGCAUCGGCCUAUCAAAUAUUAGAGGACUGCACGUUUAGGUUGUUGUAUGUGUGAGAGAAUAGGUUAUGGGCAAUUCAAACCCACACUCUAGUACUAUAGGAGUAGGAUAUUUACACAGAUGGAAACACACAUUUUACAAUCAAAUAACAUCUGAGUUGGUUUGAGACAGUUUUAGGCCUAUAUAAAUAGCAGAUAGAAGUGAUAUGCUUUCACUUUUCAGAAUAAGGUGUGUGUGUUUGUGGGGGCAUUGACAUUUGCUACAUAUGGAUAAGUAGGCUUUUUCAAAUAGUAUUUUAAGGGUCUCCUUUCUGCUCAAAACACACUGUAAAAUGGUUUACUUUGUCUGAAUGACAAAUGAAAGUGUUAGGUUCACUUCAGUUGCUUCCAAAUGGGUAUCAUCACUAAACAUGUUUAGUCCAUUGGAGGGUGCUGUCCGCUAGUGUUCAGGUCAGAGUUGAGCUGAUAGGAUUUCAAAGAUUUUACUGAGUUACAGUUUAUAUAAGGAAAUCAGUCAAUUGAAAUAAAUAAAUGUAGGCCCUAUUCUAGUGAUUUCACAUGACUGGGCAGGGGUGCAACCAUGGGUGGGCCUUGGAGGGCAUUGGCACACCCACUGGGGAGCCAGGCCCAGCCAAUCAGUUUUUCCCCACAAAAUGUCUUUGUUACACACCUCAGUUUCAUCAGCUGUCCGGCUGGCUGGUCUCGGACAAUCCCGCAGGUAAAGAAACCAGAUGUGGAGGUCUUGGGCUGGCAUGGUUACACGUGGUCUGUGGUUGUAAGGCUGGUUGGAUGUACUGCUAAAUUCUCUGAAUUCUCAUUUCUCUACCAUACCGCUUAUGGUAGAGAAAUUAACAAUUAUCUGGCAACAUCUCUGGUGGACAUUCCUGCAUUCAACAUGCCAAUUGCCCACUCCAUCCAAACUUGAGACAUCUGUGGCAUUGUGUUAUGUGACAAAACAGCACAUUUUAAAUGGCCUUUUAUUGUCCCCAGUAUAAGGUGCAACUGUGUAAUGGUCAUGCUGUUAAAUCAGCUUCUUGAUAUGCCACACCUGUCAGGUGAAUGGAUUAUCUUGGCAAAGGAGAAAUGCUCACUAAAAGAGACAUACAAAAAGUAUGCACAACGUUUGAGAGAAAUAAGCUUUUUGUAAGUAUGGAACAUUCCUGGGAUUUUUUUGUUUCAGCUCAUGAAAUAUGGGACCAACACUUUACAUAUUUUUGUUCAAUGUAGUUACCAAUGGUGUUGGAGUCCAUGACAUAGGUUAAGUACUGUUUGUUGCUUCAUUAGGUUGGCGAAAAACGGGUCAGCCUCAUGCAGAAGAUUGGUAACUGAUUGAAUUGGCUCUUUUAAAAUAUGUUGCUGAUAUCUCUGCCUCCAGACCCUGUGGUGGUGUGCGCACCAUGGCCCAGACCCUUCAGAUGGCGAUUCCUAACUUUGGCAACAACGUCCUGGAGUGUCUGAACGAGCAGCGUCUCCAGGGGCUCUACUGUGAUGUCUCCGUGGUCGUCAAGGGACACGCCUUCAAGGCUCACCGUGCCGUGCUUGCGGCUAGCAGCUCUUACUUCCGGGACCUGUUCAGCACUGGGGGAGGCAGCGGCUCCAAGACCCCCACAGUGGUGGAGCUCCCCCCGGCCGUCCAGCCCCAGAGCUUCCAGCAGAUCCUGGCCUUUUGCUACACAGGCCGCCUCAGCAUGACAGUGGGAGACCAGUUCCUCCUCAUGUACACCGCAGGCUUCCUGCAGAUCCAGCAGAUCAUGGAGAAGGGCACAGAGUUCUUCCUCAAGGUUUCCUCGCCCAGCUGCGACUCCCAGGGCCUGCAGGCCGAGGAGGCUCCGACCUCCGAACCCCAGAGCCCCGUCACUCAAACCGUUGCCGCGGGGACUGGCAGUCGCCCCGCCUCCUGCCUUACCCCCCUCCCCCUCGUGUCGCGGGUGAAGACAGAGCAGCAGGGCAACCAAUCAGAAGCCUCGCCCUAUUCGGUGGUGUGCACCCCUGUGGCCAAGCGCUUGUGGGAGGGCAGCAGCAGCCGAGACGGGGGUGGAGGGGGCUCAGGUGGAGGUGGGUCCAGGAAGGCCGCCCGCUUUUCCCAGGAGUCCGUGCGAGGGAGUGCCAUCCAGAGCGGGGCGGGGAUAGGAUCAGGGGUCGGGGGUCACGGCAGCGGGUCCAACGGGAGUGUGGUCUCCAUGGGCAACGUGGCAUCGGAGGGCGCCAGCCCGGGCACGAUGAGCGCCUACACCAGUGACUCGCCUAUCAGUUACCAUGACGAGGAGGAAGAGGAGGAGGUGACGGAGGAGCAGACGGAGGAGCAGUACAGGCAGAUCUGUAACAUGUAUACCAUGUACAGCAUGCUCAACGUGGGCGCUGCAGCUGGUGAGCGUGUGGAGGCCCUGCCAGACCACUCAGAGACCCGGGGUCGUAUGCGGGGUCGCCAGGACCUGUCGUCUCUCCCCGCUGAGCUCAUCACACAGAUAGGCAACCGCUGCCACCCCAAACUGUACGAAGAGGGGGACCCCGCAGAGAAACUUGAGCUUGUCUCAGGUACAUGUGUGUUCAUAUCUCGAGCCCAGCUGAUGAACUGUCAUGUGAGUGCAGGGACCAGACACAAGGUGUUGCUCAGGAGGCUGCUGGCUGCCUUCUUCGACAGGAAUACUCUGGCUAACAGCUGUGGAACAGGAAUCCGCUCCUCCACUAACGACCCCAGCCGCAAGCCCCUGGACAACAGAGUGUUGCACGCAGUCAAAUUCUACAGCCAGAACUUCGCCACGAGCUUCAAGGAGAGCGAGAUGAACGCCAUCGCGGCGGACAUGUGCACCAACGCCCGCCGCGUCGUCCGCAAGAGCUGGAUCCCCAAGCUGAAGCUGCUCAUGGCCGAGGGCGACGCGUACUCCGCAUUCCUCCCUGACGCCAAGAUGGAGGCUGACGCCCUAGGGGCGGAGCCAGGCUUUGAACCCAACUCCCUGGAGGGCGCCGAGACAGGCGGCUCGUCCGGCGAGUCGCUGCAGGGGGUGGGCAGCGACGGAGGCACUUUGUUUUAGAUGGGGGGGUGGAGUACAGAAGUGUUUAGAAGACGAUGAUGAUGAUGAUGAUGAAUACCUAUAUUUCCCUGUACUCCCCUCUUUCUUCUCCUCUGGUGGUGUGGCCCAUCCCCCUGACCCUUUGGCCUUUUGAUCCUCCGAUAUGUGACUCUGAAACGUUGCUAGGGGAAACAGGGGUUGUUACCAGGAUGUUAACCAGGAAGUUAUGCUUUAAUUUUGAAAGCGAAAGUCCAAGCAAUCGUUACUUCUAAUAUGGUUUCUGCUGUAUAUUAGUAUGGGGGUAGAGAAAGGGUGAUGGGUUUGUGGGAUUGCAGUAUUUUUAUUUAUUUACAUUUUUAGUUUUUUUAACCAAAUUCCUGCCUCUCCAUAUCAAAACACAUUCCCCUGGUUUUGAAUGUAGAUGUCAGCAGCAUUGCACAAUGUCAGUCUGAACGAUUGUAUCCCAACCUCUUGAGGAAAAACAAACCGACAGAAAGAUAACUACUCUAUGGAUAUGAGAGAGACUGUAGUUUCUCUCUAGAAUGAGAGAAAAGGGGAGAGAGGGAGCGAUAGAAAGACCCCUACCCCACCAGUCCUCCAACCCCACACCCUUCUGUGACCAGAACAAAAGGAUUAUACCCUCGGUUUUAAUGUACUGUCUCUCUUGUAGCUGUUAUGAUCACAGCUCCUUUCUCUGUUUGUAACAUGGAUCCAGAGAUGAGGACUACAGGUUGUACCAUAAUUGUAAAGAAAUCCAAGGGGAACAGAAAAAGACGGUCAUAUUUUUUUGAAUAUGUAUUUAUACAACCGUGGGUGUGUACAGAGAGAAAGAGAGGGAUUGGUUUUAAAUCUCUGUUGUUUUAUUGUAUUUUGAACAGCUGUUUUUGCAAAGAAAGUCCUGCUCCGAAAAAUAAGAUUUAAAAGCAAAUAAAUAAAAGUGCUAUUUUUGCAUAAAAAUAUGGUAUUGAUCAAGUGGUCAGAAAAGUCUUAACGUAGGGCCUUUUGAGUUUUUUGUUUUGACAAACUAUUGAACUGAAAAAUAUCUGUUUUUAAGACAGAACUGGGCACUUUCUACCUGCGGCAAUCCAAUAUAGCUUAUCUUAUUCUUGUCCUUUUUCUCUAUGGAAAUUGUCAAGGAAGCCUACCUAUGUGGCUGUUGACAACGAUGACUGACUAUGUUAUGCUUGCUAGCGAGCUAGCAACGUUACUAUGCUAGCUAUACUGCUCACUCGAAAAUCACGGCUAAAAAUGUAAAAAAUGCACAGCUUGAAUCAACUGGUUGACUGCUGCAACUAUUGUGCUAGCUAGCUAACCCCUCCUCUGUUGGUUAGUGACGUGCUCCGAAGCAGACUACUGACAUCAUUACACAUCAUGAGGUGGUGAUUCAAGGAUCGGAAAACAUUUGGAAUAAUGGAAUGUGCCUUUUUUAAUCGACAUGGAUAUGCAGGGGUGGGUCCUGCUUAUGUUGAUGUUGGGAGGAGGGAGUAGAAUGGGCUUUAAAAGGUGGCAGGUCGUUCAGCUUGAGACAGAGUUGUAACACACACACACACACGUGUCCCAAAGAGAGAUGGGGUGAGGUCAAGGGGAUUGGCAUUCUGGUGGAGUAUGUUGAUAUGUUUUAAACAGUCUCAUAUAUGUGUGAGAACAAGCGUUUGUGUUCAUUCCUCGAAUGUGACUGAAAAGUAUAUUUGUUCCUGUGCGAUUGAUGUGUGUGAGUGCGCUUUAGGUGGAUGUGCGUGUGUGAGUGUGUGCUUUUACGUGUGUGUAUGUCCUCCACCUGGUAGUGUUUUGGAUUGGUUUAAGACUCUGCUGGGACACUUGUCUUUGUGAACAAUGACCUACACCAUCUUCCAUACACCUUUGCAAUCCAAAAGAUGUGAGACACCUUCAGAUAGAAAAGUGAGGUAUAGAGCGGACACAAUUCACUUUUAUCCAUACGGCUGAGAAGCAGGUCCACGCUAUGCAUAGUAUUUCUGUCCCGAUUACUGUUUAACUCUCUCUCACGCUUGGUAAAUCCAAAAUGGACAUGUUAAAGGGGAGGUGAAGCACCUUUUUAUAUGGGGUGAACCCAUGUUUCCUGCACCUUUGAUAAGGGGUUUUGAUGGGUUGUGUGGAGAAUCAACCCAAGGGUCAUGCAAAGGCAUGGCCUUGUUCAAAUAUUUUUAAGCUGCAUCCUUCCCCCUUUCCUUGAUGUAAGUACUUCAGGGAAGGGACUAAAGGAAGGGUGCAUUUAGAGAGUAUUGGAACAUAGCCUGUGUCUCAUAUCUGUGGAUGUGGGAUGCACUGGGAUAACUCCUGUUGUAAAUAUUGGGACCGUUGAGCUGAUUUUCUUUCUACGCUCGUCUAGCGUUUUCCUAUGUAGGGUGAUUGUGUAAAAGUGUGGAAGCGAUGAAAGAGGACCGUUUUUUAUAUAUUUUUAGUUAUUUUUUUUUACUUGGUCUCGCGUGUUGUCGAGACAUCAUGUAGACUGGUGUGUGUGUGAGCUCCCAGCAUGCAUUUGGCCUACAGGUCAGAGGAGGAUGAUGGUUGCUUUGGUCUUAAAGUACUGGCCUAAUGUGCUACUGAGUUGGUGUGACUGAAGGGAGGGAGGUGGGGUCAUGUUUAGGGAAGAGGUGUCGUGGCUGCAGACUGUCCAUCAGAAUGUUGUACAGAAAAAAAUAUUAAUUUUUUAAAUGUUUUUUCUUGUAUUUUAUUUUUUCUUUAAAGAAACGUGUACUGUAAAGACCUUAAAGAAAUGCUACUAAUUGAAGGUGGUGAAUGAUUUACCAACUUCUUGCUGAAGAAAAAAUUGAAAAGGAAAGAAAGAUAACUGUACAAGAGCUAGACAGAGCACCGAGAGCUAGACAGAGCACCGAGAGCUAGAC